AUGCAUUUAGAGAGUGAAGAGCUGGAAGAAAAAAGAGUGCUUUAUCAACAACAUUAUGAAGAGUUUUUGGCUAAUCAUCAGGUUCAGAAGAUACAGCUUUACCAAGCUAAUUUUGAAGCACAAAUGGAAAAUUAUCGAAAUCGAGUGAUAGAUUCUUCUUUGUUUAAUGCACAUCCUAUACAGUCGAUAACAUAUCAAUCCGAUGAUGAUGUGAUAGCUAAGUUAGAUCAAGUUGUGCUUGAAACAGCAGAUGAUCGAAAUGCUCUGGAAGAUUUUCUUAUUAUAACUGGUUUAAUUUAUCGUGAUAAUGUAUUAUCCAAAGAAAGAAAAAAGUUUGUUGAACAAAAAGUUGCACAUAUAGCUUUAGAGCCUAUGAGCGUAGACGAGCUACCACGUAAAGUGAAGGUAUAUUUAGCACCGCCGUUGGGUGAUGGAAUAUAUAAAACGAGAAUUCAUUUUCGAGAAUAUGUCAAGCCAGUCCUUGUUGCUGCAGCAAUGGAAUAUGAGCUUGUUGAAGGCACACAACCGGGACAACUUCGUUCCAAAGUACGAGAUGAAAUAAUAGAGAAACGUAAAGCUGCAAAAGCAUCAACUAAUAUCGAAUCUAAUAAUACACGUCAAGAACCAAAUUUGUUAAAUAAAACGGUUGGAGAUGGUGCUAUUGUAAUUGGCCGUGUUAGUUUUGUUGAAUAUUUACAAGGACUAAAUGAAGGAUGUGCUUCUUCGCUUACGGAGUCUCAAGAAAUACCAAACGAAAAAGACAUGAAAACAAAUGAUAAUAACAACGAUUCAAUGUCACUGGCAGAAAAUAUUAUGUCUGAUUCAUUGAGAAAUUCACAGGUAGUUAAACAAGAUGAAUUUUCUGUGCCUGAGCUCGAACCAAUUGGGUAUAUUCGCUUCUAUAACAGAAUUGGGUGGAGAUACUUACCACUGAGAAUGUAUCAUGCCCUUAAUUCCUUUUUAAAUUUCGACACUGUCGGUGAGGAUGCGGUUAAAGUAGUAUUUAAAAACACAAGGGAAUUCACAGAUGAUGAUCUAAAUCUUGGUAUAGAUGAAAAAAAGUUCUUAAAAGGAACACUUGAAAAUCCAGAAUUAGAUCAUAGAAUUUUAAGUAAAUUAAGAAUCUACAUCUAA